UUACCCAUACGGUUGUGCUGUGCGUCUGCGCAAACAGCUUAGAUCGCAGGGUUGGGUGCAGUCACUACCAGAGAAGGAAGCGGAGUUUCCGGCUAUUUGCAUCGAAGAGAGUGUAUUGCUGACAGCGCGAAACCCCGAAAAAAGCCGCCGGCUUGGGGGCUUACGGUUGGGCAUAGUAGUAUCAUUCUUAUUCAUAUCGGGGAUAGGGCAGGUGAAUUACGAGCCAAGGGUUCGGACAGCAAGUCGCGAGGAAGAGCAGUGAAACGGCAUAAGGCGGGGGUGACCCACCAACUACCGGCAUGGCCAGGGACUACGAUUACCUCUUUAAGCUGCUCAUCAUCGGUGACAGUGGCGUAGGGAAGAGCAGUCUCCUUCUGCGGUUUGCAGACAACACGUUUUCGGGAAGCUACAUCACCACGAUCGGGGUGGAUUUUAAGAUCCGGACGGUAGAGAUCAACGGAGAGAAGGUGAAGCUACAAAUCUGGGAUACUGCAGGACAGGAGCGUUUCCGCACCAUCACCUCCACGUAUUACAGAGGAACGCACGGCGUCAUCGUGGUGUACGACGUCACGAGUGCCGAGUCCUUCGUCAACGUGAAGCGAUGGCUCCACGAAAUCAACCAGAACUGCGACGACGUCUGUCGAAUAUUAGUGGGGAACAAGAACGACGACCCCAACUCCAAGGUGGUGGAGACGACCGACGCGCAGAAGUUUGCAGAGCAGAUGGGCAUCAACCUGUUUGAGACGAGCGCCAAGGAAAACAUCAACGUGGAGGAGAUGUUCAACUGCAUCACGGAGCUGGUGCUCAGAGCUAAGAAGGAGGUGCUGGCCAAGCAGCAGCAGCAGCAACAGAACGAUGUGGUCAAACUCACCAAGAACAGUAAACGAAAGAAGAAGUGUUGCUAACGAACUCCUGCCGCUCACAAAGACAGCGUCUGCUCCAGAGAACACACACACACACAGGACGGACAACCAAGCACCUAAAUUAAAAGACGAGAUAACGAUUUAAUAGAUAUACAAUGCAAAAAAAAUGAAUUGAGGAAGACAAAAAAAAAAAAGAGUCCCCUUUGGACAACCAAAUCAUGAAGACUUUAAGAAAAUGUACA